UAUACCCUAGUCGCCUUAACAAUAAUCUGUAGGCUGUGAAAAAUUGAUCAGACGCCAUCGUCAAAAAACAGCUGGUGGAAUUUUUCGACAGAAACUGUUUACAGAUUUUCAAUGUGCUUUCAUACCAGUGAAAAUUGAAGCUGCAUUGUUUUUUACAUCCACAAUUUGAAGCUAAGUAUUCGAAGUGUUACGAAGUUUUCACAAGUUGUUACAUUAGGUCUAUUAUUCGCAAUCUGAUCGGUCAAUGGGGAUUGAAAGAUUUUGCGAAUUCAUCGGAAAAUCGGGUCGAAAAAUAGAGCACUAUAGCAAAUUCAUUCCUGUCGCGUUAAGCUUGAAGAACCUUAUAGUUUUUGGUGAAACUGCUCCAGCUUCAAAGUCAUUUGAGUUCCUAAAAUAUGAACUUCCAGUGCGUUUUGCUAACAUCAUGCAGGAGUUUCGCCUUCUACCCUCUGUGCUGAGAGAAUCAAGAGCUGUGCAACAAAUAUGUUCAUUGUGAGUAGUAUGUUUUGUUUAACAUUUUAAUAGAUACGAAGAGACGUUUGAUACUCUGAUGAAAUAUGAGGAAUGUUCACCAAGGGCACCAUCUGUUGUUUCUGAAUUCACAGAUGACGUUGAUAACAUUUUACAGAAACAUUCAAGAAUCGUUGAAAUUUUGGCAGUGGGCGUCAAAGAAAUCCAGAAUAGUAGAUCGUGGUGUGAGGAUCAAGAACUACAACUGCAAUAUUUUCUGGAUCGUUUUUAUGUGAGUAGAAUCGGUAUACGAACAUUAUUGAACCAGCACCUUCUUCUAUACGGACCUACACUCUGCAAUAAACAAUCUCAUGUGGGGAAUAUCGAUCCAGCCUGUAGUCCAGUUCAGAUUGCAAUUAAUGCAUAUAGUUACUCCAGAUUGUUAUGUAUGCAGGUGUAUGGUCGUGCACCUGGGUGCGAUAUCGAAAUUCACGAUUGUGUAGAUAAAGGUUUUACAAUUGGUGGUUUUAACGAAAUUGAUUUUCGUGUUGAUGCAACUGGUCAUCCAUCGACCAAAUCAUAUCUUUUGGAGAAUCAACCGAACUGUACAGAUGUAUCUGUCAAGGGCCAAGAUGUAACAUUUUGUUAUAUACCAGGUCAUUUAUUUUACAUUUUGUAUGAACUGUUGAAAAAUUCAAUGAGAGCUGUUGUUGAGAACUAUUCUUUUGACGCUCAUUUACCAAGAUUAAAGAUCCUUAUAUGCAAUGCACCUGAAGAUAUUAUUAUCAAGAUUACAGAUUUUGGUGGAGGAAUGACGCUAAAUAUAGUUGAACGAACGUUCCGAUACAAUUUUACAACAGCUCUUCAUGCCAAAAAUCUGCAUUCUACUGUAUUCGACCUUGAGGAUAGAUAUUCAGAAAUUCGACCUGUGCGUCAAGUUACAUCAAAUGAUCGAAUGACUUAUGAAGUACAGUCAGAUCGUAGUACUUGUUCGCCUAUUGCUGGUAGAGGACAUGGUUUACCGUUAAGCAGGCUAUACGCUAAAUAUUUAGGUGGUAAUUUGACCCUGUAUUCUGUUGAACGUGUUGGUACAUCAGCGUUGAUUUACCUAAAAAGAAGAUCUGAAGAUGCUCAUGAACUUCUUCCAAUAUUCAAUCAUACAUCUAAAUCUGUUUAUGAAAAUGGUUCGCCGGGACGUGACUGGAUUUCUGGUUCACGAUUAUACAUGCAGUCUAAUAAGACUUUACUUGAGUCUUCUGUGGCAGCUUCUUAAUGGUGGAUAGUCUUUUCUUUAUCUUGUUUUGUUGAUUUAUUUAUUUCUGUACACAUGCAUACAUUUAUUUUCUUAAUCUUUGCCCUUUUUAUACGUGUAUAUGCAUCAAAAUAGAAGUCAAUAUUGAACCAUGUCUUUCACAGACUAUUUAGACAUGUCUGCUGCCUAUUGCGUUUCUGUACCGCUUAUGUCCAGAGAAACUGUCCUUAUAUACAGUUUAGUUAAUUAAUUCCAAAUUUUAGAAUUAAAAAGAAUGGCGAAAAAAGAAGUAUGAAGUAAUACUGAAUAAACUAUUCUUUCUCAUUCCCUUUUACCUUAACAUAAAAUGCAUUUCUUGUUUCUAUAUAUCAUUUUUGCCUUGUUUCAUUUUUGUUUAUGACUUUCAUUUGAUGAAGCAACUUUUUUCUGUCUAUGCAAUAUACACUUAUUUCG